GCUGUGCGUGACCCUGGUGCCCUUUGGCUCCCGGGUGGCCAAGCUUGAGGAUGGGGGUGAAAGGAGCUCCAGACUCCUGGAAAGAGUGGGGUGGGGUCAGUUUUCACCUUAGUCACUUUCCUCUCCCCUCUCUUACGGCUUCCUGUCUGACUGGCUGGGGGUGAUUUGGGGGUGACUCAGGGGUACCUUACACAUCCCCAGAUUCUCUGGAAUGGCAAGGGGCAGGUGUGUUGUGUACCCUGGCCACAAGCACCAGUGGGUGUGGGGAAGGCCACAACAGACCUGGUUGGGGGGGACUUUAUUCCUGCUAUGUGGCCAAGGAUGGAGGGGUGCUGGGUUCCCUGAAAGGCUGCCUGCCUAUUCUGUUUCCACCCUGGCUCCAGCUGAGCCCUGCAGCCUGGCUUCGCUCCAGCAGCAGGCUCAGCAGGUCCCAGGGGUGUGGCAGUGGCCAGUACAAGAGCCAGCCCACACCGGCUAGGCAGGCAGUGAGGCAGCACAGUCCUCCUUCAAGACGGCUGAGCUCGUGGCUGUGGGAGCCACGGAGUGUGGCCAUGGGUCCCCUGUUGUACUACGCCCUGCCCGCCCUGGGCAGCUAUGUCAUGCUGUCCAUCUUCUUCCUGCGCCGGCCUCGCCUGCUGUACACACCCUGGACUCCAGCCUAUCGUGUCCGCCUGGGGGCCCACCGAGGAGGAUCUGGAGAGCGGCUGGAGCACACCAUGGAGGCCAUGGAGAACUCCAUGACCCAGCGAGCUGACCUCCUAGAGCUAGACUGCCAGCUGACAAGGGACGGAGUGGUGGUGGUGUCACAUGAUGAGAACCUGUCCCGCCAGUCAGGCCUGAACAGGGAUGUGAGCAGCCUGGACUUUGAGGACCUGCCCCUCUACAAGGAGGAGCUGGAGAUUUACUUCUCACCAGGCCACUUUACUCACGGGUCAGACCGGCGCAUGGUGAGUCUGGAGGACAUGUUCCAGAGGUUCCCAAGGACGCCCAUGAGCUUGGAGGUCAAAGAAGAGAAUGAAGAGCUCAUUCACAAGAUAGCAAGCCUGGUGAGGCGCUUUGACCGCAAUGAAAUCUCCAUCUGGGCCUCAGAGAAGAGCUCAGUCAUGAAGAAGUGCAAGGCUGCCAAUGCUGAGAUGCCACGGUCCUUCACGGUGAGCAGAGGAUUGUGGCUGCUGCUGCUCUAUUACCUGGGGCUGCUGCCUUUCACCCCCAUCCCAGAGAAGUUCUUCUUCUGCUUCCUGCCCACCAUCAUCAACAGGACCUAUUUCCCAUUUCCCUGCUCUUGGCUGAACCAGCUGACAGCUACGGUUUCCAGAUGGCUCAUCAUGAGGAAGAGUCUGAUCCGCCACCUGGAGGACCGUGGGGUGCAGGUGAUCUUUUGGUGCCUUAAUGAAGAGUCGGAUUUUGAGGUGGCCUUCAGCCUGGGAGCCACUGGUGUCAUGACCGAUUAUCCUACAGCCCUGCGGCGCUACCUGGACAACCAUAGACGAGCUGCCUGGGCCUCUUAAGUCCAGAGGGCCCCACCCUCUCCUCUGUUUCUUUUCCUGAAAAAUAAAUAUUUGUUUUUCAGUUA